UUCUUCGUGCUGUAGAGUGCAUGUGUGUGGCAUAGGGAAGGUAGUAGCUGUGUCCGUGGACUACGGCGAAAUGUGAGGUUGUCGAAAGAGUACCAUGUUACGCUUUUAAAUAAUUAAAAUUCGGAAGAAAUAUUUGAGAACAUACAUUGGGAUUAAGCAGCCAUCUUUUUUUCCAAACAAAAGGCUCAAACCAAGAGCCCGGAGGUUUGUGGAGGAGAAGAAAGUAGAGACCGUUUGGCUAGAACCAGACCAAAUACGUUGAGCUAGCUUGCUAGGCUAGUCCUUCUGGAGGCGUUGGAUACGCGCACGGGACUGGAGAAGAUGACUGUCUUGGUCCGUGUUCCUCAAAAAUAUUCUUGCCACCCCGACCGGUUUGAAGGGAUUUAGGAACGGAAUUUUGCAGUUAACUAAUCGUGCACUUUAAGUAAUCGGAGUAUUCAAACACGCAGGCUGUUGUUGUGAAAGGAGCUACGUGAGUGCCGCGCCAGGCACUCAUCAACCUCUCCAUCAGGGCGACCGAAACUCACGCUUCUUCCACAAAUAAACAAAGCAUACAUUUCAAGAUGUAUCCGCAGGGCAGACAUCCGGCUCCGGGUCACGGUCAACCGGGUCAGCCUGGAUUCAAGUUCACGGUGGCCGAGUCCUGCGACAGGAUCAAAGAUGAGUUUCAGUUUCUACAGGCCCAGUAUCACAGUCUUAAGGUGGAGUACGACAAGCUGGCCAAUGAGAAGACGGAGAUGCAGCGCCACUAUGUCAUGUACUACGAGAUGUCCUAUGGGCUGAACAUUGAGAUGCACAAACAGACAGAGAUUGCCAAACGACUCAAUGCGAUUCUAGCUCAAAUUAUGCCUUUCCUGUCACAAGAGCACCAGCAGCAGGUGGCUCAGGCUGUGGAAAGGGCCAAGCAGGUUACCAUGACGGAGCUCAACGCCAUCAUCGGGGUACGUGGACUCCCCAAUCUGCCACUGACCCAGCAGCUCCAGACCCAGCAUCUGUCCCACGUGGCCCACGGCGGGCCCCCCCUCAUGCCGCCACACCCCUCAGGGCUCCAGCCCCCUGGCAUGCCCCCCAUCCCUGGGGCGGGGUCUGGGCUGCUGGCCCUGGGGGCUCUGGGGAGCCAGGCUCAUCUACCCGUUAAGGAUGAGAAGAACCACCAUGACCUGGAGCCCAGAGAGAGCACGAACAACUCCGUCUCCCCAUCGGACAGCUUGAGGACAGCCAGUGAGAAACACCGCAGCUCUUCAGACUUCAGUCUGGACUCAAAGAAACGCAAGGUGGAGAAGGACAGCCUGAGUCGCUAUGACAGUGAUGGGGACAAGAGCGAUGAUCUCGUGGUGGACGUGUCCAAUGAGGAUCCGACUACCCCUCGGGCUAGUCCCGCCCACUCACCCUCAGAGAACGGCGUCGACAAGCCCCGCCCCCCAAAGAAGGACACACCCGCCAGCCCUGCCUCAGUAGCGUCGUCUGGCAGCACGCCCUCGUCCAAGAACAAGGAACUCCAUAAUGACAAGUCGUCCACACCAGGCCUGAAGUCGACCACGCCCACCCCCCGUAGUGACGCCCCGACCCCAGGAACCAGCAGCACUCCCGGGCUGAGGCCCAUCCUGGGGAAGACCCCCGUAAUGGAGGGACUGGCAGCCCCCGCCCUGCGGACCCCCCUGUCCAUCGCUGGCUCCUACCCUCCCUUUGCUAUGAUGGGUCAUCACCAUGAGAUGAACGGAGGUCUGACCAGUCCUGGAGUCUACGCUGGGUUACAUAUCUCCCCUCAGAUGAGUGCCGCUGCCUACGGUCGCUCCGCUAUGGGUUUUGAUCCUCACCCCCACAUGAGACCAGGGCUACCAGCAAGUCUCUCCUCCAUAUCUGGAGGCAAGCCGGCCUACUCAUUCCACGUCAGUGCUGAUGGCCAAAUGCAGCCUGUGCCAUUCCCUCCAGAUGCUCUGAUUGGUCCAGGGAUCCCACGACAUGCCCGCCAAAUCAACACGCUGAGCCACGGGGAGGUGGUGUGUGCCGUCACCAUCUCCAACCCCACCAGACACGUCUACACUGGAGGGAAGGGCUGUGUCAAGAUCUGGGACAUCAGCCAGCCAGGCAGCAAGAACCCUGUCUCUCAACUAGACUGUCUGAACAGGGAUAACUACAUCCGAUCCUGUAAACUGCUUCCUGAUGGCCGUACCCUGAUAGUAGGAGGGGAGGCCAGCACGCUGACUAUCUGGGACCUGGCCUCCCAGACUCCUCGGAUCAAGGCGGAGCUCACCUCCUCCGCCCCGGCCUGCUAUGCCUUGGCCAUCUCCCCCGACGCCAAGGUCUGCUUCUCCUGCUGCAGUGACGGGAACAUCGCCGUCUGGGACCUCCACAACCAGACCCUCGUCAGGCAGUUCCAGGGUCACACUGAUGGGGCCAGCUGCAUAGACAUCUCCCAUGACGGGACCAAGUUGUGGACAGGAGGCCUGGACAACACUGUCCGCUCCUGGGACCUGAGGGAGGGACGGCAGCUACAGCAACACGACUUCACCUCACAGAUCUUCUCUCUAGGCUACUGUCCCACAGGGGAGUGGCUGGCCGUUGGCAUGGAGAGUAGUAAUGUAGAGGUCCUCCACCACACCAAACCUGACAAGUACCAGCUGCACCUCCACGAGAGCUGUGUGCUCUCUCUCAAGUUUGCCAACUGCGGUAAAUGGUUUGUGUCCACGGGGAAGGAUAACCUGCUGAAUGCUUGGAGGACUCCUUAUGGGGCCAGUAUAUUCCAGUCAAAGGAGUCCUCAUCGGUCCUGAGCUGUGACAUCUCCGCAGAUGACAAGUACAUCGUGACAGGCUCUGGAGACAAGAAGGCCACCGUCUACGAAGUCAUCUACUAGACAGAUGGACGGGACGUACAGGAGUGGGGAGGACAGGAGGUCCUCACUGGGGCACCGGAGGACCUUCUCAACUGCCUGGCUGCCCUGCCUGACCCCCAGACAGCUUGUAGGCAGCCUUGGGGCAGAACAUGGACUGGGAGGAUAGGGGCGGGGUCUGUUCUGGGAGGAGCUGGACGUUGCUGUGAUGCACAACAAGACUGGAACCUUUUGGCUCCGCCCCCUCUUGCAGUAAUGAUUAAUGACUUGUACAUUUUACUGAGCCGAGGCUGUUUCUGCACAGGCACGAAGACCACGAGAGAAUAGUGUAUUGCUUAUUUCUCUUCAGUUAGCUGGAUUUAUUCUUUCUCUAUUUGUUCUUUUGUACUGCGGCGGAACGGAGAACUUGAGGAGAACCAGUCACGGUUCUGUGAAACAUUACUGCGGUCCGGUUCAGAGGGAGGACCUGCCUGGCUGAGUGCAUUAAAGAGGAAUAAAUAAAAUGUAUUUUAUGGGUUUAUGUUCGGUACUGCGUCCAAUUCUGCUCUUUCUGGCUGUGUUUGGAAUGGCACCCUAUUCCUUAUGUAGGGCCCUACUUUGACCAGAGCCCUGUGGUGGAAUGGCACCCUAUUCCUUAUGUAGGGCCCUACUUUGACCAGAGCCCUGUGGUGGAAUGGGGUGCCAUUAGGGAGGUAGUGUGAAUGCUAUCUCUGUCUCCUCUUUUUGGAUCUCUGCUCCCUUGGGCGAUGGUUAUUAGGUUAGUUCUUUAUAAUAGGAUUUUCUACUUCUGUUUUCCUUUUUUGGGGGGGGUCAUCAUUUCUCUCAUGUUUCACAUUUUUUUUGUUGGUGUUCAUUUUCAGCCUGCGUUACUUCAGAAGUCAAACAUGGACCUUUUUCUACCUGGUGAAAAACAAGUAUUUUUGUUGCUGGACAGAAGAACAUGAGAACUUGAAUAUGUUGUUUGGAUUGAAGCAGUAUGAGAGUCCUGUCUGGCCAGGCAGAGGAGAAGUGGAGGAGGUCUCGUCACACAGACGGGAAGUCUAGCUAGAGUUUGGCCAGUAACCAAAAGAUCACUGGUUUCCGAUCCCCAUACCAGCAAGGUGAAAAAUCUAUUGAUGUGCUUCAGGAAGGCGCAUCUCCCAAAUGGCUUGUGUAAGUCGAUCUGGGAAAGAGUACCUCCUGUGUGACUAACAUUUCAGUGUAACAUUUCAGUGUAGUGUAUCUUUGUAAAACUCUGGCCAUAGCUAAUUAGAAAUCGGGCUUCUGGGUGGAUAGAGAUCAUUCUAGAUGUGAUGACCGAGGUGUGUCUGUACAUGGAGAGCACCUCAUCAGAUCCGUCUUUGGAAGGAAGGGCUUUUAAAGUACCUGGGUCACAGAUGUCCAUUAAGGGGUUGAACACAGCCGCAGUUACCGCGGCUCUGCAGUCUGAAGAACCACAGCUAGUUCUGCUGUCUUCACAUCAUCAACUUAAGAGGGAUUUAUUUUCUCUCUCUCUCCGGACUGUUUGAGCCAAUUUCGCAGACACAGAUUAUGGACAGUUCUGGAGGAAAAAAUCAAGCACACUUGUUUUCCACUGAAAUAGAUUUUUUGGUCCUGGACUUUUAUUUUUGUCUGUGAGAUGGUCCCUUAGUGUACCACUGUCAGUUCCCUAAUGGAGGGUAGGCCGCUGUUCUACAAUGAAACAACACCGUAAAGGGGCUUGUCAUGUUUGGCAAGGUACUCGUUUGCUCUUCUUUGUGCAGGUCUCCACUGUCAUCAGUGGUGUCCGUGUCACUUCCCAUGGACUGGAUGGGUUCAAACACACCACCAAUAUGUAGCAAGCUUUCUGUCAUCAGCACUGACCAUGUUUGUACAGUUGUCAAUAUUUCAAUAAAGGUUUUUUUC